AUGCGUCUUCUUUUUCUUCUUCUUCUUAUGCAUUUUUUUACUGACUUUUCUGCCGGUAAACAACCACGCUUACCGGAAUACCAGGCUUUGCUUGCCCUGAAAACUGCCAUUACCGAUGACCCGCAGUUAACUCUUGCCUCAUGGAACAUCUCCACCAGUCACUGUACGUGGAAUGGUGUCACGUGCGACACGCAUCGUCACGUGACCUCUCUUGAUAUUUCUGGGUUUAAUCUUACCGGUACUCUUCCGCCGGAAGUUGGGAAUCUUCGUUUCUUACAAAAUUUGUCUGUUGCUGUUAACCAGUUUACUGGACCUGUUCCUGUUGAAAUCUCCUUUAUUCCAAAUCUGAGUUACCUUAAUCUUUCUAAUAACAUAUUCGGGAUGGAAUUCCCUUCGCAGUUAACACGUCUGCGUAACCUCCAAGUCCUUGACCUUUACAACAACAAUAUGACCGGUGAACUUCCCGUUGAGGUGUAUCAGAUGACUAAACUUCGACAUCUACACCUAGGCGGGAACUUUUUCGGUGGCCGCAUUCCUCCGGAGUAUGGAAGAUUCCCGUCUCUAGAGUACCUCGCAGUUUCAGGCAAUGCAUUGGUAGGAGAGAUACCACCGGAGAUUGGAAAUAUCGCUACACUUCAGCAGUUGUAUGUAGGAUACUACAAUACCUUCACCGGUGGGAUUCCACCGGCAAUAGGGAACUUAUCGCAGCUCCUUCGGUUUGAUGCUGCUAACUGUGGACUUUCGGGGGAGAUUCCACCGGAGAUUGGGAAGCUUCAGAACCUUGAUACCCUGUUCCUGCAAGUGAAUUCUCUAUCUGGAUCUUUAACUCCGGAGAUAGGUUAUCUGAAGAGCUUGAAAUCUUUGGAUCUGUCGAAUAACAUGUUCUCUGGCGAGAUACCGCCGACAUUUGCGGAGCUUAAGAAUAUCACUCUUGUUAAUCUUUUCCGGAAUAAGCUUUAUGGGUCAAUACCAGAGUUCAUAGAGGACUUGCCGGAACUAGAGGUGUUGCAGCUUUGGGAAAAUAACUUUACUGGAAGCAUUCCACAGGGGUUAGGCACAAAGAGCAAGCUCAAAACUCUUGAUCUCAGUUCCAAUAAAUUAACGGGAAAUUUACCCCCAAACAUGUGCUCCGGUAACAAUCUGCAGACAAUUAUCACUCUAGGGAACUUCUUGUUUGGCCCAAUUCCUGAAUCUUUGGGUAGGUGUGAAUCACUUAAUCGGAUUAGAAUGGGAGAAAAUUAUCUGAAUGGGUCAAUUCCAAAAGGGCUCUUAAGCUUGCCACAUCUGUCACAAGUUGAACUUCAGAAUAAUAUUCUCACUGGUACAUUUCCUGAUAUUUCUUCCAAAUCCAACAGUCUUGGCCAGAUUAUCCUUUCAAAUAAUCGCUUAACUGGACCUUUGCCACCAAGCAUUGGAAACUUUGCUGUAGCCCAAAAAUUGCUUCUUGAUGGGAACAAAUUUUCGGGACGAAUUCCUGCUGAAAUAGGAAAGCUUCAACAGCUAUCAAAAAUUGAUUUCAGUCAUAACAACCUUUCUGGACCCAUUGCUCCGGAGAUUAGCCAGUGCAAGUUGCUGACUUAUGUUGAUCUCAGCAGGAACCAACUUUCGGGUGAGAUUCCUACUGAGAUCACAGGUAUGAGAAUACUCAACUACUUGAAUUUAUCGCGAAACCACUUAGUUGGGAGUAUUCCUGCCCCUAUUUCUAGUAUGCAGAGUUUAACUUCUGUUGAUUUCUCGUACAACAACUUUUCUGGUUUAGUUCCUGGAACCGGGCAAUUUAGUUAUUUCAAUUACACCUCAUUUCUAGGCAAUCCAGAUCUGUGCGGACCCUAUUUGGGCCCUUGCAAAGAGGGCGUUGUUGACGGGGUUAGUCAACCUCACCAACGAGGAGCCUUAACGCCUUCGAUGAAGCUUUUACUUGUUAUUGGUUUGCUUGUCUGUUCUAUUGUGUUUGCUGUUGCUGCAAUUAUAAAGGCCCGAUCUUUAAAGAAGGCAAGUGAAGCUCGUGCCUGGAAGCUAACUGCUUUUCAGCGCCUAGAUUUUACUUGUGAUGAUAUUUUGGAUAGCUUGAAGGAGGAUAACGUUAUUGGAAAAGGAGGGGCUGGUAUUGUCUACAAGGGGGUAAUGCCUAGCGGGGAACAUGUAGCGGUUAAGAGGUUGCCAGCUAUGAGCAGGGGUUCCUCUCAUGAUCAUGGGUUCAAUGCAGAGAUACAGACUCUUGGGAGGAUCCGACACAGACACAUUGUUAGAUUAUUAGGAUUUUGCUCGAAUCAUGAGACAAAUCUAUUGGUUUACGAGUACAUGCCUAAUGGAAGUCUUGGGGAAAUGCUUCAUGGCAAGAAAGGCGGUCAUUUACAUUGGGAUACCAGGUAUAAGAUUGCCUUGGAGUCUGCUAAGGGUCUUUGCUAUCUCCAUCACGAUUGCUCUCCUUUGAUCCUCCAUCGUGAUGUGAAAUCAAACAACAUUCUGCUGGACUCCAGCUUUGAAGCUCAUGUUGCUGAUUUUGGACUUGCUAAGUUCUUGCAAGAUUCAGGGACAUCAGAAUGCAUGUCUGCUAUUGCUGGUUCUUAUGGGUACAUUGCUCCAGAAUAUGCUUACACCCUUAAGGUUGAUGAGAAGAGUGAUGUAUAUAGCUUCGGUGUGGUGCUUUUAGAACUGGUAAGUGGCAAAAAGCCAGUUGGAGAAUUUGGUGAUGGUGUUGACAUAGUCCAAUGGGUUAGGAAAAUGACUGAUGGGAAAAAGGAUGGAGUUCUCAAGAUCCUUGACCCAAGACUCUCAACGGUUCCCCUUAAUGAGGUGAUGCAUGUCUUCUAUGUCGCAUUGUUGUGUGUCGAAGAGCAGGCUGUGGAACGCCCCACCAUGCGAGAGGUAGUGCAAAUACUAACGGAACUUCCCAAGCCACCAGGUGCAAAAUCAGAUGACUCAACCGUCACUGAUCAGUCGCCCCCAUCAGCCUCUGCAUUAGAGUCCCCAACCUCAAUUCCCGGGGACACAAAAGACCAUCAUCAACCAACACCUCAAUCACCUCCACCUGACCUACUCAGUAUCUAA